AUGUCGAGGAAGUACUACGAAAAGUUGCUGGGCGAAAUACAAAACCAGUCCAAGCCGGUGGAGUCCAAAUAUGGAUCCUACAUUAUGCAGAAAUUUGGAUGGGCCAAGGGAAAGGGCCUCGGGAAACUCGAAAAUGGAGACGUGAGCAUCAUGAAGAUUAGGAAGUAUGGAGAGCACGGGCUGGGAUAUGAGGAACGCCAGAAGAAUGAAGACGAGAAGGAAGGCAUGUGGUGGGAAAACAUGUACAACAAUUGCGCCAAGAAAAUAAAUCAGGCCGGCAGUAAUAAGACUUCACUUGCCACGAGUGAAGAAAAACCCGAAAAAAAAAAAAAUGAAAAUAUAAAAUAUUCCAUUUUUAUUAAAAAAAGUGAUACUUCAUUAAAUUCAGCAAGUGAUAAAUGCGUGUCGAUCAACUGUGACGACCAGCCAUCUACCCAUGAAAACAGUUCUGACACAAAUGAUAAUGUGCAGGAUGAGGAGGAGGAGGAGAAGGGGGGAUGUACAAAUGGCUCAAAGGGCAGUGAGACAGCCAGUCAGAUAAAACCCGGUGGGGCUUACGCCAAAUGGAAAAUAAAAAAUGGCAAUGCUUUAAUCAAUAAGGCAGCCAUAAUUAGUAAGGUAAAAAAUUGGUCAAAAAACAAGAAGAAAUGGAAAAAAGGAAAUAUGUGGGGGAAGUACAGUGCGAAAUGGAAUGCCCAAGCGGAUCGUAACUCCAUACAGAGGUGA